GGUGCAGACUUAAAGAUCAAAUGCAUAAAUCUUUCACAUGUGAACAAAAUUAAAACUAACCCAGCCAACAAUCUUCUAAUGCAAUUACAGGUUAAAAAUAAAUUGGUUUAAACUUGGACAACAUUUUUACUUUAUCAUGCACUGCUGCCUGCUAGUUCUGUACAUUUUCUAAGCACCUGUAAGUUUUAAAGACUUGUGUAACUUUUAAAAAUGGAUAUUGAGUUUUUAACCUUUAAUUCUGAAGUUCACAAAGUUGGUUAAAGGCAUUAGAAUGGUUGUAAAUGUAGCUCAUAAUUUCUUACAAUGGCUUUUUGAAAUUUUUUUUUUUUUUUUUUUUUUCUUUAAACUGGAAGUUUGUCAUGUGAGUACAAAAGCCAGGUGUCUGGCUUGAUCUAAACCUCUGACAAUAUUGGGCUUUGCUUUUUUGCCAGUGAUCAGUAUAACUACAUCAGGUGGGACUCGUUAGUUGUCAAGGUUCUGUUAAACUAUGGAGCCAAAAACAGAAAUUAUGCAUUCCCUCAUUAUCCAUGAAGUGGGGGGAUGAAAAGAUCGUUGGAAUUUAGUGACUUGUCAAACUUGCACACGAACCAUAGUCCAGGCUUGAACCACAAGCAGGAAGUGGCAGUCUGUGGAGUCACAAAUCACACUUGGGUUUCUUGUCAGUGAAGUUGGCUCAUCUAACAACCCCUACACCCAGGGGAAUGAUGUCCGAUUCUGAACUGAUAUUUUCCACUUCCUUAAUGCUGGUUGUGUGCUUUAGUAAGGAAUCCAUGCUUUCUCUCUUGUUUGGGGUGUGUUUUUGAUAGUAUUGUGGAAAUAUGGGAUACAGCAAAGUUUCACUUCUCACCACCAGAGGGCAAUAAACUCCACAAAAUUGGGCAGUGUGUGACGGUUGCUUUCAAAAUUUUCAGUUUCAAAAUGAACUAAUUGUCGGUGGUCAGUGUCUUAGGUUUAUGUGAAUUUGCUUGGUAAAUUAUAUAGUUGGAUAAUUUUUAGGCCUUCAUUGACGAGGUUGGCGUCUCCCAUACUCGUGUUUCCUAAAGUUAAUCUAUUCUUAGAAAUUUCAGUCUAAAGAGCAGGUUUUUAAAAACCAUAUAUUCUUACCUUUUAAGUGCAAACGAAUAAAGGUUUAGGUUCUGUUUUAUGGCAUAUACUUGUGUAGCUACACUGUAUUAUGGCAUACUGUCCCUAAUGCUUGGAAUUUGUUUUAUUUCGAAGUAUUCCUUUGUAUGGUAAUGCCAGUUGCCACUGGUCCCGUAACACAACCUUUCAUGCUUAGUUUUAAGUAGACGGCGACGUCUGUGGUGAAGAGUAUAGGAUGUUUUGGAAAUGUUUUUGGCUAUUUCAAUGAUCGUGUUGUUGAAUAAGGCAAUUUAUCAUACGCACCUGCCUAAGGGGUCCAUUUUGAAUCAUUAGUCUAACAUCUGAGGUAUUUUAUAGAAGUGUGUCAGUAUUGGUUUUCUCUAGUGCACGGAAUGCCGACCAGUCUGAUAGGGUUGGAAUUUAACCCUGUUUUGAUUUUACCUUUCACUGAGGGGAUAUUAUAGGCUAUUGAUGAAAUAAGCUAUCUACAACUCCAUCAAGUAGCCUAAGUGGCUUCAAAUCUCUCUCAGGUCGAAGACUGCUUCUUUUAAAACUUCAGUGUUUUAACCUGAAUUUAUGUUUAAUUGGUAAGAGACAAAAUCAGUGCGUCUGUAAUUCUUUCCGAGCGGUGCAGUGAGGGGGGGGGAGGAGGCACGAUACAACUUUCGUGACCAGUUGAACCGAGUAAAGAAACGGAAUAUUUUGUUAAAAUCCGGGUAUUCCGACUCGAUGGAUGUUCUCAUCCAUAGUUUUGUCGUCUUUAAGAUAUCGGUUUUUAAACUAUUUGUAAAGGCGCCCAGUUGAUGUGAUCAGCACAUGCAGAUGCCCUUUUAUUUAGAAAUGGAUCUCAAAUUGACUAGGUUGAUUUUGUUCCUUUUUAUAUUUAAUAGUGGAUGGCAGUUCUUUUAAUGUGCAAAUUAAAGCGGUGAUAGAGAACCAAUGAAAACAGACUCCUAAAUUCACUUGGCACUUUCAACUGACAUAGUCUACGUCACUGCUGGGUUUACCCAAUCGCAUCAGAAUGAGCCUCUUCACUUUCUGAGGGACAUUCUCAAAGUUUUGACUUUUGCAGCAAAAGACAGCAGGUUGAUGAAAAUGUUUUAUUAUCUCCCAGGUCUUCAUGUGAACUACUAAGAAAGAGUGCCAUUUUAUUUAUAGAUUUCAAAGCGUUGAAUAGUUAAGCAGCGAUUGCGGCGUUUAAGCAUCUCUCUCCCGCGAGUAAAAAGACCGCACUCUGCUAGAAUGCCAUAUCUUCAAGAUUUGCAAUGUUUUAACGAAGCAGCUGGAUUUUGCUUGUGAAGAUGGGUAUAACGCGGCGGUAUGAUUGAUUCGGAUUUUUUAACGAAACCGCGAAACCUGUUUUUUAAGUUUAGUACUGAAAUGAUGAUUAUUAGCAUUUUCAGCUUUGCUCAUUCUGCUGAAGAAUAACCUACUUUUUGUCCUACUGGCGCUUUGAGAAGAAGAAAAAAACAAACAACAAAAAAUAAAACUCUAAAGAACUAUUUUUAUCACGAUUUUCACAGCACUUAUUUUUCUUUUAAGAUAUUGACAGAGUUGUAGUUUCUUGGUUAUGUUAGCUGUAGGGCAAAUGGACGGAUCUCGCCAGAGCGCAUUCCUUCUUAAUACUCCUCCAUUAGCCGCUCUACAUAGUAUGACCGAAAUGAAGACGCCACUUUAUCCAGCUUACCCGUUAUCUUCUACCGGACCAGCAUCAUCCACUUCACCGACAUCUACUUCUCCGAACCCAGGUGGUAUCCCCGUCUCUUCCCCAGGGAUCAAAACAUCAACUGGACUGUCAAGCCUUGGAUCAACCCAGCAGUGUGGGGCCGCUACCCCACACGGAAUAAACGAUAUUCUCAGCCGCCCCUCGACUUUAUCCACCGGUGCAGUCGCGGCGUCUUCCCCCGCUGGAAUCUUGUCUGGACUUCCUCGUUUCAGUAGCUUGAGUCCACCACCGCCACCAGGGCUCUACUUCAGCCCCAGCGCCGCGGCCGUGGCUGUAGCUCGCUACCCGAAACCUCUGACAGACCUUCCAGGCAGGACCCCAAUAUUUUGGCCUGGAGUGGUGCAAAGUCCACAUUGGAGAGAUGCAAGAUUUGCAUGUUCACCUCAUCAAAACUCGGUGCUGCUGGACAAGGACGGAAAGAGGAAGCAUACGCGACCGACGUUUUCUGGACAACAAAUUUUCGCUCUGGAAAAGACAUUUGAACAAACGAAAUAUUUAGCGGGACCAGAGAGAGCGCGAUUGGCCUACUCAUUAGGAAUGACAGAGAGCCAAGUGAAGGUGUGGUUUCAAAAUCGAAGAACAAAGUGGAGGAAAAGGCACGCAGCUGAGAUGGCUUCGGCAAAGAAAAAACAAGAUUCGGAGACCGAGAGGCUGAAGGGGGCCUCAGAAAACGAAGACGAUGACGAGGACUACAACAAGCCUUUAGAUCCAAACUCAGACGAUGAGAAAAUCACCCAGUUAUUGAAAAAACACAAGCCGAACUCAGCUCUUAUAAUCCACACGUCGGAAAACGAGAGCUCAUAAAAUGAAUGGUAGCUUGUCGUUUCUGGUACAGAAUUUCCUGUGAACUAUGAUAAAUAACAUACCAUUUUUCCCAGUUCAGAAAUGUGGGUUUUUUCGCAAAAGGAUGCAAAGCAAAAAAACUGCGCAGUAUUGGAGGAGCUGAUUGUUCGUCACAGACUAUUGAACAGACUGCGAUAUAGACGUUUCACGCAAAGAGGACGGUACUGUUUCAUGUAAAAUAACAGCGUGAGUUGUAUUGAAUAGAAACUAUAUUACUGUGAAUAUUUAUGUGUAAAAUAUCUUUUUGUAAAGAGAUUACCAUAGGUUCUUUUUGUUCCUAAUCCCAGUUCACUGUAAUAUUUUGUUUGAGCUAUUUGCAUACCCAUGCGGUGUAUGUGAAUAAGAGGAUUUCUUAAAUUAAACAACAUCUUCGGCCCUUGGAAAAUA